GAUCUCAACGCUCUCAGUCGUGACGUCACAUUUAGAGCGUCAACUGAUCCAGCAGUGUCUGGGUUUGGUUUAAAGUGUCGGGGCUGAGUGCAGCGUUGACGCCUCCCAGGUGCUUACGUUCCAGUCGCCAUGUCCACCACGUCGCAGAAGCAUCGGGACUUUGUCGGCGAGCCAAUGGGAGACAAACCAGUGAUCGCUCUGUCGGGUAUCGGAGAGACGCUGGGGAAGAAGCUGGAGGAGCAAGGUUUUGACAAGGCUUUUGUGGUUCUGGGUCAGUUCUUGCUGCUGAAGAAGGACACGGAGAUGUUCACUGACUGGCUUAAGGAUGCCACCGGUGCCAACUCUCGGCAGGCUGGAUCAUGUGCUCAGUGCCUAAAGGAGUGGUGCGACGCCUUCCUCUGAAACCCACCUCCCCACCGCCCUUUCCUGCUCCACCUGGUUUUGCUCACCGCCUGCCUCUGAUGCCCUCCGUCAGAGUUGUUCUCACAGGUUCACUGGAUUUCUUUCUGCAGGAUGCGUGGGAGUUUGCAGCGUGGCGUUAGUCACUUGUUUAAUAGGAAUGUUUGCAGUGCACCAGAAUAAAAACUUUUGAACCUUUGAAUCGGACUCUGAUCCUAAAGCCUCAAAGCUUUGCUUAAAGGAACACAAGACAAGGCAGUAUUGGUUUUAGGGAUAAAAAAACAAAACAACUAAUAUGUGAAGAAAAA